AUGAGCGAUGAAGGUGAUGAUAAUGGUCUAGAUUACAACACGGAGUUUAUUAUACAAACACGAUCGAGGAGGUCCAAUGCCGGUAAUAAAUUACAGAAACUAUUGGAACAGGAACUGAGGGAUAUAGAAUCCACCAAAAGACAACUUUCUUCUUACAAGAACGGUGACGAUGAUGAUGAAGACGAAAUCGGACUGUUGUUUCAGGAAGAUGAGGAUGAUGAAGAUUUUGAAGUAAUGGCAAAAGAUGAUAAUGAUGAAGGGGAAGAAGAAGAAGACGAUGAGACCCAAAGCAUAACAAGAGAACACUCUCAGGUUUCAAGUGAGCAAGUAGCUGAUGAUUUAAUGUUCAGCAGUAGCGAAUCUGAAAAUUCCAGCAACGAAAAUGAUGAAGAUGCAGAGGAAAGGGAAAUACGAAGACAAGAGCUACUCUCAAGAAAAAAAAGAAACAAGAAAUUACAGAAGGGUCCCGUAAUAAUCAAAAAGCAAAAGCCCAAACCUAAGUCGAUAAAAGGGGAUGCUGCACCAAGAUCACACCAUAGCCAUGAACAAUUGAAUGCAGAGACUUUACUGUUAAACACUAGGAGAACUUCUAAAAGAUCAUCAGUAAUGGAAAAUACAAUGAAAGUUUAUGAGAAAUUGUCUAAAGCUGAGAAAAAGAGAAAAGUUAUACAAGAAAGAAUAAGGAAGCACAAAGAGAAGGAGUCUCAGCAUAUGUUGACUCAAGAAGAGAGAUUAAGAAUUGCCAAGGAGACUGAGAAGCUGAAUAUUUUGUCACUAGAUAAGUUCAAGGAACAAGAAGUUUGGAAGAAAGAGAAUCGUUUAGCUUUACAGAAAAGACAAAAACUGAAAUUCCAGCCAAAUGAAACUAUACUACAAUUUUUGUCUACUGCAUGGCUAAUGACCCCAGCAAUGGAAUUAGAUGAUCGUAAAUACUGGCAGGAACAAUUGAGUAAACGUGACAAGAAAAAGAAGAAAUAUCCUAGGAAGUCAAAGAAGAAACUAAAUCUCUGUCAGCAGGAUACAUCAGACGAUAAAAAGGAGGAAAGAGAGGGAUCAACAAGGAACGACGAUAGUGUAAAUCCUGCGGAGGAAAAUUCUUCCACCGUACACAACCAAGAAAUGUUUGAAGUUGGAAAAGAUUCUACUAAUGAUACGGUUGAAGAAGGAUGGAGUCCAGAUGCAGUGGUAAAAACUGUAAACCCAGAGGAGCUAAAGCCAACACCAUUACCUGAUGUCACAUUGAAUGAAAAUGCAGACAACCAGAAUACCGUUGAUGAGGCUUCCAACGGCCAAUCACAAGAAGAUAUAACAGAUGCCAAGCAGAAAAUCACCAAUGUAAGCGAGCCAAUACAAAAUUUACAGAGUAAAGAAAUAAAAGAUGAAUUGACAAGUGCUCUAAAGAAUAAAGAAAAUUCUUUUAAAGAAUCAUCACCUGCUGGCCAAGCGAUCUCACAAAGUGAUGAGUCAGCAACACCUCCGCCGUUAAACUCUACUGGCACUGAAGAUACUAUGUUGAUCUCUAAGGAUACAGAUAUUAAAGAAGAUAUUGAACCUGGUGUGAAAAUUGAAGACACCAAGAACUUUCCUCAUAAUACACCCCGAGAGAUCGAGAGCAAUACUGCUACUACUGCUUCAAAACAAGUUACGUUCACAGAUCAUCCGCAAGUGGCCAUAAUUGACACUGAAGAGUCACCUUCAAAAAAAACCACAGCUAACAUGAAUGAAUCUUCCACGGAGGAUUCUUUACCAACACCUAUCUACGAAGGACCUGAACAAUUAACCUCCAGAAACUUUGUCACACUUUAUGAUUUUCCUAAUACGCCGCCGAAUUUAAAAGAUUUUAAUACAAAUUUAUUUGGUGAUCAGUGGGCUUACACAAAUGGAUUAUCCGCCACUCAGCGUCCACAAGAUAUGAAAACUGUUUUCCACUCCAUUUUACCGUCACCAUCUCAGUCUUCAGUAUCGUCUUCUACCGUAGAUAUAUCUCUUGAUUUAUCAGCUCUAGCAAAUUUUCCAUCUUUUGGUGAAUACGAUAAGAAAAUCGUUCAUCAAAUCAAUACAGAGACAAAUAAGGAUUUGGAAAUUAAAAUCAAAACACAACCUCCAACAGGUGUUUUCUUAGCCAAUGGUAUAAGAAAAAAAUGUUUAAUUACAAAUAAGGAAUGUCAGUACUUUGAUCCAAGAACUGGUGUGCCGUAUUCUGAUGUGGAAGCUUAUAAAAUCAUUCAGCAGAUUCAAGAUCCCAUCUCUAGGGAAGAGGGAAGGACAGAUAUCAGGCGUGGUGAAACGACAGAUGAGGAUAGUACUGAUCAGGUAAGGUUCAAAUGGUUUGGGUUCAAAAAUGGUGGUAUUUACCUUGAUCUAGAUCAAAGACCUGCAAAGGGUGUUCCUGAAGGAUUUUAA